AAAGAAGUUCAAAGACGAAUUAAAUGCAAGCGUGAAAGCUGAGAUGAGCAAGUUACGCUUGACAGAGGAUGAAAACGUUGAUGAAACGAUUAAUAUUGAUCCGACAUCACCUAGCCCACUUCCAGAGAAGGCAAAGGAUAAAAGGGUAUCAUUCAGCGGAAAUAUGGAACGAGUCAAGGUAUUUGACAAGAAUGUGAAAGAUCUUAAAAUUAAACCUUCAUCAGCUUCGCCAGGAAAAGGCAUUUUGCGAGCCAUUCCGAAAAAAGUUUCACCCAAGAAGAAAAAGAAGAAACCAGAAGUAAUUUCCACUUAUUUAUAUUUUUCUUUUAUCUUCCAGUGUGCACUAGAAUUAUUCGAGCUUUUACCAGAUCGCUGUGUUGACGGUCAGUUUGAGGUGACGAAGAAGGUAAAGGAACAGCUGUUGACUAUGGAUAGGAAACAGAGGAAGGCGUUCCUUAGAGAGCUUAAGAAAAAUCCUAAUCAUGAUCGGGCUAUGGAGUGCAAGUUGUUGUGGGAGAAAAUUAGAAGUAAGAAGACUCCCAAGCAAGAAAGGGAUGAACAUGUGUCGAAGCUUUUUGGUCUUGUAAAGGGUUUUGCUUCAAAAUUGAUUUACACCCAUGAUAUUUCUCGAGGUAAAGCAGAAUUCAUACAUUCUGUCUCCUUGGAAAUAUAUGUUGAAGUAAAUCCGCGCAGCCUCGAAGAGAUCAUAGCCGAAGAGCCCACAAAGAAAAAGUUGAUCCUUCAGCAUCUUGAGGAGACCACAGUGCGCCUCUCACUUUGUCAUCGGCUCUUGAGAGAUUUCGCUAGUCAUUGCGAUCCUGAGCAGCUUACGAAUUUGAUUGACUCACUCAAGGAUAGAAUUCCCGAAAUAGUUCAUACACCGGAUGGAUCCUAUGUUGCUAUGAAGUGUAUUUGGAAUGCCAACGUGAAGGAUAGAAAGUUGAUAGUCAAAAACUUCAAAGAUCUGGUGGUCAAAGUAGCAAUGGAACAUUAUGGACAUCGAGUUCUACUUGCACUUUUCGACACUAUCGACGAUACUGUUCUUGUCAAUAAGUGCAUAACUACUGUAAAUUUAGCAGGGAGUAGGGAAGGUGACUCGAAUCCAUAUAGUAAAAAAGAGAAAAAAGAUCGUUAUGCUGAAAUAUAUCGGAAUAUCUGCGAGUCGUUAUAUGCUUACCUCGCAUCGAACAUGGAGUCGUUAAUUUUCGACCACAAUAGGUCUAAAUUUGUUGCUGCCUGUUUGGAAACUACAAGCAGUUAUGAUUUAUUCGAUCGUCAAGUUCCGGCCGAAAUGCGACAGAAAUGCAAUGAGGCGCUUGCUCAGAUAGCUAAACAGGAAUUCGUACCUAUGGAUAACGAACGACUUCACUUAAUAGAGCAUCUUGCUGGGAACUUUGUUUUGAUGGCUGUAUUGAGGUGUGACAAUGGCCUACCGGAAGAUCAAAGGCUAUCCGUUGCAAUUGUCAAUACCUUAUCCAAAGAAGAGUUAGGUUCAUGGAUUUGCUGUAAUAAGGGCUGCCAUGUUUUGUUAAAAAUGCUUCAUUGCGGAUCGACUGCAGUUAAGGAAAAAGUGAAGGAAGCCGUCAACAUGAAGCAACUGAGGGAGUAUACAUUCCGUGGUGCCACCUUACUCGUUGAUGCACUGUCGAAGUAA